AUGAAGACCUGGACCUUGCGUAGUUUUGAAGAGAAAUGUUUUGGCUAUCGACUACUAUUAUUUGACAUUGGAUGUCAUAGUGUGGUUUUGAAACGAAUCCCGUUUACAUUUGUGCAAUGCCCCAAUAUCAAGUUGAAAAAACCAUCAUGGUUUAGAAAACCAUCUAAUAUGAUGGUAUUCGCCACUUUAUUAUUGUCUUAUUUUCUUGUUACGGCUGGUAUCAUCUAUGAUAUUAUUGUCGAGCCUCCAAGUGUUGGAAGUACUACAGAUGAAUAUGGACACCAUAAACCGGUAGCUUUUAUGGCUUGGCGUAUAAAUGGACAAUAUAUAAUGGAAGGUUUAGCUGCUUCAUUCAUGUUUUCACUUGGUGGAAUUGGAUUUAUUUUAUUGGAUUUGACCAAUAAGCCAAGCAUGCCGAAAUUAAAUCGUAUACUAAUGCUGUUAUGUUCAUUUAUAUUUAUACUAAUUGCAUUUUUUACAACAAAAAUAUUCAUCAGAAUUAAAAUGCCGUAA